CGCCUCUCCGCCAUCAUCGCCGCCCAGGUCCUGAAGCAGGCCCACCAUGAAUGCCUCAAAUCCGACGCGCAGAAGCCGCGGUCACUUCCGUUCCCUAGGUCCGUGUCGCCGUAUAUUUCUCGCCGGAAGUCGGACACCGCCGCCGCCACGUGGCAGAUCCAGGGGCGGUUCUACAGCACCCCCCACGUGGGGCCCACCGGCUCGAUCACGGUCGAAAUUAAGAGCAGCUCGACCGGUAGUGGUGGUGUGGGUGGGAGAUUCUCUUCUCUGAUUUCCGGUCUGUUCAGAUCGAAAUCGGAUAAGCCGGAUUCAAACCACGGUCCGGUUCCCGAUCCUAGGGUUACGGUCGAUUCAUGCUCGGCUAAUCCUUCGUGGUUCUCCACCAUUAUCCGCGGCGGCCGGAAAAAGAAGAUUCGGAACUUCUCGAUCGACAAAAACCCUACCGGAACGCAGCCAAGGCGGACUUGCCGGAUUCGCGACAGAGGAAUGUCGCCGGAAACCUACCCCCCGGACGACGAUGAACAUUGCCACGGCGGAUCAAGCGGAUACUCGUCGGAUUCCUCCCCAGGGUGGAAGCAGACACCGCGGAUGACGCCGGCGUCGACGCGGCGCGGCGGAGGUAGGGCGGCGGCGGCGGGGCACAGCAGCAACAACAUAUCGGCGUUCGCGUUCUGUCUGAGCCCCCUGGUUAGGGCCAGCCCGAACCGUCAGUGGAGUCAGAAGGGAGCGCCGCUGGAGAUGGCGGUGGCCGGAGAAUCUAGGGCUCCGGCGAAGCCGCACUUGUCCACAGCGGCGUCGUUUUGCAAGAACAGAUCCCGUAAACUCGCCGAUUUUGGGAGGUACAACUACGACCCGCCUGCACAUUGA